AAAAAUUUUAUUUUAUGAUGAAAGAAUUAAUUGCAUUCAUAAGAAGAUGAAGCCAACUAAAAAUAAUUAUGCUAAAAAUAACAAGGUAGUAAAGUCUGGUGGAGGGAAGAAAAGUAAAGAAGGAAAAAAAAUUGGUUUUAAGAAAGCUCACACAAAAGUAUUUAAAGGAAAGAACAAAAACUUUUUAAAAAAGAAAAAAUUUGAUAAAAAACCUGAAGUCAAAUCUGAUCAGAAACAAAUAAAUUUAAAAGAUAGCAAAAAAAGAAAAUUACUGACAUCUGAAGAUGAAGUGAUAAAAAAGAAAAAAAGAAGCCAACCAGAAAUUAUAUCCAAUCUUAUGACUAUUUAUGAACAGUUGAGAAGGAAAAGUUCAUCACAAGAUGGGAGAAGGAAAUUAAUUGAUGAUGUAUUAAAAAUUGUUCAGGGUAAAGAAGCUGAGGUAGUAUAUAAACAUGAUACAGUGAGAGUAUUAGAGAUGUGUAUAAAGUUUGGUAGUGAAAUUCAAAAAGAAAAACUUUUCCAGCUUUUUCAAGAUAAUACAAUACUUCUUGUAACUUCAAAGUAUUCAAAAUUUCUCAUUGAAAAGUUUUUUAAACAUGGAUCAAAAGAACAAAAAAAUAAGAUCAUUGAGUCAUUUUAUGGAAAAAUCACUAAGCUUAUUAGAAAUAAAAAUGCAAGUGAAAUUUUGGACAAAGUCUAUGACAAGUAUGCAAGUAAUUUGCAAAAAUCCAAAAUGGUGGAGGAGUUUUAUGGUCAUGAAUAUACAAUACAAAAAGUUAUUUCAGGACAAACUGUUGGUGAAAUUCUAUCUGUAGAUGGAAGUGAAAAAAAGAAAGCAAUUCUAAAACAUAUGAAAGAAUCACUAACUGCACUUUGUCAAAAAGAUGUAGUCACACACAGUAUAAUACAUAAAGUUCUUUUUCAAUUUUUUACUUAUGCUGAUCUUCAACAAAAAAUCGAUCUGAUAGAAAUUUUAAAAGAAAAUGUUAUACACAUAUUGCAUACUAAAGAUGGAGCUAGAAUUGCUAUGAAUUGUUUUUGGUUUGCUUCAGUUAAGGACAGAAAAGCAAUUAUAAAGUCUUUCAAGACCUAUGUUUUAAAAAUUUGCAAGGAGGAAUAUGGUCACAUGGUUAUGCUUGCAUUAUUUGAUACAGUCGAUGACACAGUUCUUGUCAAAAAAGCUAUUUUUCCAGAAAUAAUAGCUAAUCUACAAGAAUUAAUUGAGGACUCAUGGGGGCGUAAAGUGAUUUUAUAUUUACUUAAGCCACGUUCAAAGUCAUACUUUUCACCUGAUCUUUUAAAAAUCUUACAGGAAGGCGAUAAUAACCCUUAUAGUAAAAAAGAAGCCAAAAUAAAACAAGAAGAAUUAAGACAAGGAAUUUUGACACACGUGUUAGAUGUUAUGUCGACUUAUAUUAAUAAAAUUGUGAUUAAUAAAAGUGCUGCUAUAGUUCUUCUGGCUGCAUUAGAGGUUUCUAAUGAUCUCCCUCAAUAUGAAAAACUGUUAAAUGAAAUUGCAGCCAUGUUUGGAGGUUCAUCUAAAAAGAAUAAUGAGAAUGAAGAACUGGUGACUAAUGAAUGUGCACAUUUUGUAUUGAAAACUAUAAUUAAACAGGAUCUACAGAGAAUCGAAAGAGAUAGCAAAAUUUUGUUUUCAAAUAUUCUAUGUAAAGCAGUUCCUCAAGGCUGCUUUGCAGAUUGGGCAGUUCAUAAUCGAGGAGCAUUCAUUCUUGUGAGUUUACUUGAAACGGGUAUCAAGGCAGUCAUAACACGCGUAAAAGAAGACAUGGGAUUUGUAAAGAAAAAUAAAAACUCUGAACUUUCAAAGGGUUGUGAAAUUUUGCAUAAGUUGCUAUCCAAAAAAUAACAUUUCUUGUAAAAUUAAAUUUUUUUAACCGUAAUAUCCAUAGUA